AUGGUUCACGCUGUGGACGCCAAGGAGACCAUCCUCGUCUCUGCAGCAGAUGAUGAGAAUAAUGGCCAGACUGUCCGCAUCCUCAUCACCCUGUCUGCUAUGACUACCACGCCUGUGAAGAUUGUGGACAUACGGUCUAUGAAGAAGAACCCAGGAAUGACCCCAGCUCUUGUUGCCAUUGUCAAGUGGUUCGCUGGAGUCACUGAGGCAGAGGUCGAAGGCAACAAGUCGGGCAAUGAAAUCCUGACGUUUCGGCCCAAGUGUCUCCCUUCUACCAAACUCUUCAAGAAGGAACUCAAGAUCAACUCUGGCUCUAUGACAGCCAGCUCCGUUAUAUUCUUCCAGACGGUCCUGCCCCUGCUCCUUUUUGUGGGAGGCAAGGCCAAGACCACCAUGCCCAUCGAGCUGAGCAUUGACGGUGCCACCAACUGCCUCGAUGCCCCGAGCUACGAAUAUCUCGACCAGGUCUUCCUGCCGGCUCUCGAGAAAUAUUUUGGCAUCAAGGUUACCAGCAAGAUGGUCCGCCGUGGCUGGGCCCAGAUGACUCCAGAUCCCAAGACUGUGCAGAAGGGAAAGGUCACGUUCAAGUUCCAUCCUCUCGAGUGGGGCUCAACCCUCAAGCCAUGCCAGGGAGUGCAGCUGUGUGAUGAGGACGAAGACAAGCUUGGGGGCUGCCCUGAUGUCGGCUACCGACCAAAGUUCCUCAACACUACCAUCGGGAAUGUGGCAGUCACCAUGAUCACUCCAGUGGGCUUUCAUGAACCACUGAAGGACGCUCUGAUCGAAGACAUCGAGAAUCGAUUCCCUGGCGCUGAGCUGUCAUUCAAGUGUGAGGACAGUGGUCAUUCUGAUCGUUUCUACGUUCUUGUUGUCGCCAAGUCCGAGUACUGCCAGUGGGCUCGGGACAUCACCACCUGCAAGCGUCUCAAAGAUGCUCAUAUCGGCUCCAUGAGCAAGGAAGUCUCCAGCCAGCUUGCAAAGGACCUUGAGGAUGAGGUUGGCGGUGAGCAUGGUGACUGUCCAGUCGACUCCUUUCUCCAAGAUCAACUGGUCAUCUUCCAGGCUCUCGCUGACGGGCGAACCUGCUUCCCUCGCAACCGCAAAGACGAGUCCACUGAGUCUGCCCUGAAGAAUCUGCACCCUGAUUUUCCACUCAAUGAGGAUCUGGUCAAGAAGCUGCCAAUCAAAACUGGAGCCUCCAACGACUCGAUGCACACUCAUCUGGCCAGGUAUGCCGCCAAGUUGAUGCUUCCCAAGGCGAACUUCUACAACGACGGCAAGGUGUGUAUUGGAGCUGCAGUCCAAGUGGCAACCAAGAACUAG